AUGGUCUACCGUGGCAAACCAAGUGCGGGUUGCGAGAACUGUCGGCGAGCCAAGAAGCGAUGUACUCUGGAACAGCCUUCGUGUGCACGAUGCAUGAAGCUUAGGAAAGAAUGCUCAGGCUAUCGGGAUACGAACCAACUGCAAGUUCGGGACGAAAGCGACGCUGUGAUCCGGAAAGCACAGAGAGUGAAGGCCCGACAAGCUCCACCAGCGUCGUCAACAUUGUUGGAAUUACCUUCAGCGACGUCUGUUGGUAUCUUCACACCCGCAAGCACCAACAGUGGCUCGUCCAGCUCAAGCGACGGCAGCAUCGAUACCAAGCAUACAGCCCGACGACCGACAGAAGAUUCUACCUUGCCUCAGCGAGAGUUGUCCGGCCUAGGUGGUAGCCUUGCCCUGGUCAGUAUAGGCUCCGGUAUUCCCUUCGUCCUCAAACCAACACCUGACGAACUCGCCUCCACACAUUUCUUCAAUCAAUUCGCACCUUGGGGUCAUUGGGACUUUCUACGGACCUACGCUCGACAACCUCAGAUGGACCUAUGCCUUGCUUUGGCCACCCGAGCUUGCGGUAUGGCAGCGCUGAACAACCUUGAGAAGGUCCCUCAAGGUCGGGAGUACGCGCGGUCCAUGUAUGUGGAAGCUUUGGUCAUGGUUAAUGAUGCGCUGCGAGACCCAGAGCGCCGCAAGACUGAUGCGAGCCUUAUCGCAGUCGCAUUGCUUGGCUACUACGAGACUCUCGUCUGCGACUCGCGUGAGAGUAUCCAAAGUUGGAAGGCUCACAUCGCGGGCGCCACCCAGCUUCUUCGGCUGCGUGGCAAGGCACAGUUCCGCACUGCAACAGGUCGAAUGUUGUUCCGCGAAACGCGCGCCCAGAUCCUGAUACACUGCAUCUGGGAUGACAUCGAGCCGCCUGCCUUCCUCUGGGACUGGGCGCCGGCACUUGAAGCGGAAAGCGUGGAGAUGAACAUAACGCACCCCGCCGACGUCCUCACAAAGAUUUGCUUCGACUUCGCCUGCAUCCGUGCAAAGAUCGAGAGAAAACAAGUGACUGAUGAAGAGGCUUUGGCGGCUUGCAACGAUAUCGACCUUCGCAUGAUACAGUGGAGCGCGGACGCCGUGACUUCAUACGAUGAUCGAUAUCACUACACCGACGUCGAAGUGCCAGAUCAUCCCAACAUAUGGAAUGGUUUUGUACACUCUUACGGAGGCCAUCCAGGACCGGGAGUAUGGAACACGCUACGUUCCAUGCGCAUUCUGCUUACCCGCUCACAAGAGGCCCUUUGCGCCAGAUUCCCGUUCUCGGCCAGCGAACGAGCGGAGCAAAAGGCGUACUUUCGACGAGUCCGACGGCAAAUGACCGACGACAUCUGUGCCGCCGUGCCUUACAUGCUCGGCCAUAGCGGAUCCGAAGCGCACAACAGACCCAGCGUGCUGAUUAGUGCAUACGGCGCUAUCUGGCCGCUCUUCUUCGCCGGAACGUGCACGCUCGAGCGGCUGGGUGGUAAAUCGUGGGACCGCUCCGCGCAGCAACUAACCACCAUCGGGGCGAGCCUAUCGCAGGGUGUCGGUGUGAGCUCCGCGGCCGCUGCGCAAGCUGCGUGGAUACUGGGCCGACUGGACUACAUCAGCGAUGUGGUAGGGUUGAAGUGGGCAGUCGGUAUCGCGGCGACGCUAAGGGAGCGAGACGCCGGACCAGCCGGGAUGGAUUAG